AUUCAAAGUCACUCUCGCUAUCGUACCGCGUUGCAGAAAAAAUCGAGUGGUAGUACUUCAGAUACGCGCAAUUUAUUGAUUCUUGGUAGUACUUCUUUGUUAGUGCGAACUAUCAGAUAGGAUCCCGAACCAGUACCAGGAUGCGGAUUUUAGAAGCGUGGUUGCCAGUGUUCAUUAUAGGAGCAACACUAUUCAUCCAAAUAGAAUCAAGAAGGGUGAGGAUCGAACGACCAGAAGUAGAGGAAGAGGAACAAGAAGAAACUGUUAACUACUACUCCGCUGAGCCUCAAGAAGACCAAAGAACAGUCGUUCUAGUCUCUUCUGCAGAUAGAUAUAAUGGUCUCUAUGGCCAACAACAGGCUUCGGCAAGAAGCAUAGAAAACAACUAUAUCCCAAGGGGUCAAGCUAGACCUCAACUGGAAUCCACACGAGCCAAAGAGCCUAACAGACCUCCCCCUGUACAAACCCUCAGGAAUUAUAACAAAGUCAACGAUGAUGGCUCCUUCACCUUCGGAUAUGAAGCUGCCGAUGGGAGUUUCAAGGAAGAGACGAGGGGUACCGAUUGUGUAGUACGUGGCAAAUACGGUUACGUCGACCCAGACGGCAACAAGCGAGAAUUCACCUACGUGUCGGGAAAUCCCUGCGACCCCAAUGCCCCCCAGGACCAGGACGAUCCCGAGGAGAGCCAAGAAGCCCAGAACGAGAAUGUCCCGCAAAACUACCCCACCAGGCCUAUCCAGGCGCUGAGAAGACCCGUACCCAAGCCAGCAGUCACUUUGUUCCAGAAUACUUACGCGCAGGAAGAAGAGCAACCUGAGGACGUCCAGGUGUUGAGGCCGACACCACAGCCUGUUCGCCGUCCAACAUACAUUUCUCGUCCCCAAUACGUCCAGCAGACAUCAGCUGACGAGGUAUCGCCCCAGGUGUAUCGUCGUCCCCAAGUUGCCCACACCACGACGCCUGCGCCUGCGAUCUACCGCAGCAGCGUCCACCCUGUAACUAUCACCCCCAGGCCGGUGACCCCCACGGUGACGUCCAGGCCGUCCCAGCUACCCGCCACCACUUACAGACCUCAGCUGUUUUCUGUGACGCCGAGGCCUACUCCCAUAUUGUACACGAAACAAUUACAAGCCUCCCUGUCGUCCACCCUUUCCCCCAACAGAGACGUAGACUUCGACGAGGAAUUCCAACGCUUCCAGCAAGAAAACAACCUGGUCUCGCCCACCCCCACCUCCCUAACCGCCAGAGCGACCUCCCCCCGACCCCAAACAACCCCCAACAACCAGCUCUCCAACCCCCCACACCAGGUGUACUCCACGCAGCUGGUGUUCGACCCCGCCACCGGCCAGUACACCAACCAGAUCUACCAGUCGCUGCCGCAGACUGAAGGCGGUGACUACGCGCUGAAACAGAGGAUACAGCCGUACGUGCAGCGAGCGAAGCCACAGGUGUUGAAUAUACAGCAGCUGCAGCAACAGAGUCCGCUGUACACGCAGAGCUUGAGGCCGCAGCCUGUACAUUCUCAGGCGACUUAUCAAGCCCAGCAAGCAGAACAGCAAUUCCAAAACUCAGCGCAGCUGUUCGCUCAGCAGCAGAGAGCGCGGGCACAGCAGGCGCAGCAAACCCAGCAGGAUCAGCAGGAUCAGCAGGAGCAGCAACGUCAGCCGGCCAGGCAACAGGUGUAUUACGUGCAGCCUACUUUGGACUCCACCGGAGCAUUAGCUACUAGUCAAAUCGACGCUUUUCUCAGGGGACACAAUAUCCAGUUCUAGGGACUAUAUGAGGAGCCGAUGAGUCGAUAGAACUCAAAUCUGGACGGUGUGGUGGACGGAACUAAGGAAAUUUGAAACAAGUUCAAUUUUUGAGCUUUGGAUGAGUAGAAUCGUUCAAGACAUUCUAUUCUAUAGAAUUAUUAAUACUGUUUAGUAUGAGGCAUGAUAUGAUAAUUGGAAAUAUUGAUAUAGAAAUGUUUUUUGACGAUUUCAAUAAGUAAAUUACGCUAUGAUUUUUGAAUUUUCGACGAAAAUGAUAAUUUUACGGGAGGAGUUUUAAAUGUUUGAUUUUCAAAAUUGUCAUUUCUUUCAUUUCAUAUUUUUUAGCAAAGUGUGAAAAUUCUAUAAUGUCCAGUAUCUUCUCUAAAAAACAAAUUGAGUAAUAGUGAUUCUGUUUGAGCAAUUUAUUUAUCCAGAACACUUUGAGAUUGUUUCAAAUUAUCCAAAUUCGUUCUACCGAGACUUGAACCUUGAACACCCAGUGAAGGGGGUUACAUUUAUAUUAAUUUAUUGAACCCAAACGUAUCUGAUAUCUGACCCUUGAAAAAUUACCAGUGAAAGUUUAUCUAGCAGUUACAUAAUUUGAAAUAGUAAUUUAAAUUCGAAAUGCAUACUGCAUAGUGCAUAGUUUGUGCGUACGUGUGAUACUUUAAAAUUUAGCCAUGUCGUUAUCAAUUGCUUUCACUUAGCUUAUGAUGGUCAAACUUUUCAUUGUUCGGAAUCUUCCAAGGCCAUCGGAGUUCUUUGUACGACCUUGUGGUAGCGUCAGGUAACCUCUAGAUAUUGAUCAGCUUUUUUAAAGAUGUGUUGAAGUCUUUUUCAGAUCCGGUUUGAUUUAGAUCUAUAAUUUUUUUAUCUAUAGACUAAGUUAUUUUACUUUAUAACUUGUAUUGUGUAUAUAAUAUAUCUGUAAGUGGUUGAGAUGUGUACACCUUCGUAUUUUGUUACAAUAAAACUUUUUCUAU